CUAAUCACUUAUUGCAGUGCAGAAUGAACAUUAAUGAAGUUGUGAGGUCAAGUGCACAAAAGUUUGAAAGGGGUAAUGCUUGUAGGUUAAUUAUAGCAUGUUCAUUUAAUGGAGCAGAGAACUGAGCAAACCCUGCUGAGCUAGGAGUAACUACUGUAUUUCCAGAGGUAGCAGUUCAGUUACACCAAUGUGUUGGUGAAUCCAAGCUGAAUGUGACCAUUAUGGUGAAGAAAAGAUACUGCCAUCAACAGUAUAACUCUGUCAUAGAAUUCCUCUAAAAACUAGUAAAUAUUGCUGGUGGUGUGCAUUCUGGAGAUAUGUUUUUACUACAGAUACUACCAAAGUUUUGUGAAUGGGAUGAGCAUGCUGCCUUUGACUGCUUACUGCCAGUAAUCAGCUGGGCACUUCACAUUAAUCCUCACGUUGUCCAACUGGACUUUGCUUAUACUGAUUUUUAAAAGGAAGAAGAAAUCAAGGUGGAGUACCGUAAACUUGGCAUGGACAAUAAAAAGAAAGACAAGGACAAGCCAGAUGAACGAAUGGCACGGCCUGGUGGGAGAUCAGGCCACAAUUCACGUGGAACUGGUUCUUCGAAUUCUGGAGUGUUAAUGGUUGGCCCAAACUUCAGAGUUGGUAAAAAAAUUGGAUGUGGUAAUUUUGGAGAACUACGGUUAGGAAAAAAUCUAUACACAAAUGAAUAUGUGGCAAUUAAAAUGGAGCCAAUGAAGUCGAGAGCACCACAGCUACAUUUGGAAUACAGAUUCUACAAGCAGCUAGGAUCUGGAGAUGGAAUACCUCAGGUUUACUAUUUUGGCCCAUGUGGCAAAUAUAAUGCUAUGGUGCUAGAACUGCUCGGACCUAGUCUGGAAGAUUUAUUUGACUUGUGUGGUAGGACAUUUUCUCUUAAAACCGUUCUUAUGAUAGCCAUACAGUUGAUUUCUCGCACGGAAUAUGUCCAUUCAAAGAACUUGAUAUACAGAGAUGUAAAACCUGAGAACUUCUUAAUAGGACAACCUGGAAACAAAACACAGCAAAGCAUUCAUAUUAUAGAUUUUGGUUUGGCAAAGGAGUAUAUAGAUCCAGAGACAAAGAAGCACAUACCAUAUCGGGAACACAAGAGCCUUACAGGAACAGCUAGAUACAUGAGUAUAAAUACACAUUUAGGAAAAGAGCAAAGUAGAAGAGAUGAUUUGGAAGCUUUAGGACAUAUGUUUAUGUAUUUCCUCAGAGGAAGCCUUCCAUGGCAAGGUUUAAAGGCCGAUACAUUAAAAGAACGCUACCAGAAAAUUGGGGACACAAAACGAGCAACCCCUAUAGAAGUAUUGUGUGAAAGCUUCCCAGAAGAAAUGGCUACAUACCUACGUUAUGUAAGAAGGCUAGAUUUUUUUGAAAAGCCAGACUAUGACUACUUAAGGAAGCUCUUCACAGACUUACUUGAUCGGAAAGGCUAUGUGUUUGAUUAUGAAUAUGACUGGAUUGGCAAACAGUUGCCUACUCCAGUGAGUUCAAUACAUUCAGACCCUGCACUGUCUUCAAACAGAGAAGUGUAUCAACACAGAGAUAAAAUGCAACAAUCUAAAAAUCAGUCAACAGAUCAUAGGGCAGCUUGGGACUCACAGCAAGCCAAUCCACAUCAUUUAAGAACUCAUCUAGGAGCUGACAGACAUGGUGGCUCAGUACAGGUAGUAAGCUCAACAAAUGGAGAACUGAACACAGAUGACCCAACUGCAGGCCGUUCAAAUGCACCCAUCACAGCUCCUGCAGAAGUAGAAGUACUGGAUGAAACUAACUGCCAGAAAGUGUUGAACAUGUGGUGCUGCUGUUUUUUCAAGCGGAGGAAAAGGAAAGCCAUUCAGCGCCACAAAUGACUAGAAUCAGGCAGAACAUGGGAAAUGGUUUAUUUGUUCAACUGCUGUCUUGUGAUGUUAAAAACAAAAAGAUCCCACCAAACCUUUGUAAUGACCACAUGUUUUCCAAGGCCUCACUUAGAAACAAUGUCAUGCCUAUGUGCUUUGAUUUGGUUCUCCUGCAUCCAUCUUUUGUUUCUUUAAUUCAUGUUUUCUGAAAGCUUUAAGGUUUUGUCAAGUAUGAAUGCUUCUUUGACCAUCAAUAAAUGGACCAAUGAAAUGGUACAAAUGAACAGUAUCUUCAGCAAAACUAAACUGGAAAAGUAUUUAUCCUGUCUUAGGAAGUACUAGCAAUGUCUUAGCUGAAGGCAGGUGUCAUAGAUCUGUUACUUGCUUUUGUUACGCUGCUACAAACUCAAGAUUACUUUUCUGACACCUGCAUUGAUUUCUUUUUGUCCCAGUUAUCCAGUACUGUGUAAUCAGUUUGUAUCUGCAUUAAACCCUCUCUGUGAUAUCAUGGUAAAGUCACUGUCUAAAGAUACUGAGGAGGCUGAUUUAACUGGUGAUAGUUGUCUAAAUACUAUUGAAACUAAUGAAAAGAAAGUAUGUCUCUGGGUUUGAAAACUUGCUGCCAUUAUGCCUACAAUAGUAUUGCAGAAAAGUUCAAAUAACAGGAGUUUUUAUAUAAAGAAUACACGUUUGUAUAAUUUAAGUUGUUCUUCCAGUAAUAAUAGCAGAAUUGAAGUACCUUGAUAAGAAAUCUACAGAGGAAUUCUAACAGAAGAAAGAUGAAUCUGGUUUAAGUAGAAUCAGUAUUAAAGCCUAUUCGUUCACUAAGGUAAUUGAUGAUUGACAACAUCUUUAAAAUAUGGAUGUGCCAUGUAAUGUUAGACAUCUGUUUGAAAAUUAUUCUAUAAUUUAGAAAACAAAGGCAAUGGAAGUGAAUUUGAUUUUUUUUCCUCUGAGUACUGGCCUAUAGCACCAAAAAUUUCACAAGAUUUUUUUUCCUGGAAACUUCUUGUCUUUCAGGGUAGUGUAACUACUAUAGUAGGAUGGAAGACAUGUGUCAGAUCCUUCCCCACUGUCCAGUGAAGAACUUGCAGUAUGAAAGCAGCAGUUCUGUAGACAAGGCAGCUCAUUCUGUAUUUUCUUCUUCAGAAAAUAUGUGCUUCUUCUAAAGCCAUAAUGACAGAAGUGUACUUUUGUUUAGCUGCCAGUUUGUGGUAGUUUAAGCCCAGAUGGUAAUUCAGAACCACACAGCCGCUCGCUCGCUCCUCCCCUUUCUUCCUCACCCCGCUCCCAGAGGGAUGGGGAGGAGAAUGCAAAGAACGUAACUCCCACAGGUUGAGAUAAGAACAGUCCAGUAACUAAGGUAUAAC